AUGACUGUCACUAUCAAGCUUGCAAACGGCAAUCAACAUACAGUUGAAGUGGCGGAUUUUAACAUCACAGUUGCGGAGUUCAAGAAUCAAAUAGCGGAAACACUAGCGAUCCCAGCGGAGGAGCAGCGCAUCAUUCUACGUGGAAAAGUGUUGAAGGAUGAGGGAGUGCUUUCAGCAAUUGGCAUGGAGGACGGCAAUGUUAUACACGUCGUACGAAGCAAGAAGAGUGUAGCCACGGCACCGGCAACGAAUGUUUCAAGCACUCCAGGCACCAGUGAUACUGUUACAUCACUGAAUACACAGUCGCCUGCUACUGUAGCCACACAGCCCGCACUCCCACAGGCUACUGCCAAUCCAUAUGCAGCUCUAAUGAGCAACUUCGGUGCACCACAGACGCAGCAACCUGGCUUCGGCGCUGCUGGAUUCCCUGCCUCAGGAAACCCUUUUGCAAACAUGGGUAUGGGUAUGGGCAUGGCAGGUGGAUUGGGUGAAGCUGGCAGCCCCACACCACAGCAGGCGAUAGAACUGAUGCAGAAUCCUAUGAUGCAACAAAUGAUGCAACAGGUACUCAACAACCCCCAGUUUAUGCAGUACAUUAUCCAAAACUCUCCGCAACUGACUGGCCUGCCGCAGGAUCAACAGCAGGCUGUUAUGGAAAUGAUGCGAAACCCAUACAUGAUGCAGCAGGCAAUGGCAAUGAUGAGCAGUUUAGGAGGUACAGGCGGUGUGCAACCGGCAACUUUGCAGGCUGCCCCGACUCCAGCCGUAGGAACUGGGUUCAACUCUGCGAUGUUUGCGCCCCCCGUGCCACAAGGUAAUCUGCGGGAAGUUUAUCGAGAGCAGUUGCAGCUGCUGCGAGAUAUGGGAUUCCCCAAUGAGGAAGCGAACAUUGCUGCCCUACAACAGGCUCAGGGCAACGUGCAGUUCGCACUGGAGCGGCUUCUUGGUGCUUGA